AUGCAGACCUCGUCAUCAUUGAAGUCCAAUAACGAGUCAUGCGAAGCUGAGGAUGAUCCGAAGCAUGUUUGUACGCAUUGCGGUGAGGGGUUUUUCAAAAAGUCCGAUCUCAAGGAGCACAUAGUUGCAGUUCAUCGAAAUCUUAAAACCCACAUUUGUGACCAGUGUCGUAAGGGAUUUACGACGCCAUCCUACCUUCGCCUUCAUGUCUUAACGGUUCAUGAAGGUGUUAAGGCCUAUUCGUGCCCACUCUGCUCCAAAAGAUACACUCAGAAGCAUUCCUUGAAGAAACACAUCAGUUCGCGACACGGAUCUGACUCGACGAAAAAUACCGCUACGUCGAACAAAGAACCUCAUCAAUCGGUGAAUGACAUUUCAUCUCCCGUUAGAAUAAUUGCUACGGCAGAUGCAAGUCAAGCCGUCGCUCAGUGCAAUGUCUACUCUGCGGCAUUAAAGAAGAGUUUCUCUCCCCUACCUCACUGCAUUUUUUUGUAUAACACACGCUUUUUACAAUUGUUAUUGUCUCUCAUCAAGUUGAAGAACAUUAUUUGCGAUCUCCUGGGUACAGACCCUGUUCCGCUAUUGACCAUUUCGUCGUUUCCACUUUGA